AUGACCGCCCCUGCUUACCUCUUCCUCAAGUGCGGUGCAUUUGGUUUGAGAACACUCGCCAGGCUUUAUGGGCAGAUUAUCUCCAGACCCGAUGCUACCUGGCGCAUACCCUCAAGAGAUGUAGACCGGACUAUCAAGGCCCACGUUUACCAACCCAAGUCACGCCGGAAAGAUAUUUCCCUCCCGGUGUUGAUCAAUUUUCAUGGCAGCGGUUUUGUGAUCCCAGCCCAUGGUAGCGAUGAUGACUUUUGUCGCCAAGUCAGCCAACAGACCGGUUAUUCGGUGCUAGAUAUCCAGUACCGACUAGCUCCGGAGCACCCAUUUCCUGCGGCCCUGGAGGACGUUGAGGACGUCGUAAACUGGGUGAGGACUCAGCCGAAGAAAUUCAACCUGCAACGCAUCGCCAUGUCGGGGUUUAGCGCCGGGGGUAACCUGGCUCUGGCGGCCUCGUCCACCUUGUUUCCACCGGGUACCUUCCGUUCGGUCAUUUCGUUCUAUCCCAGUGUGGAGUGCUUCCUGGAUCCGGAUAAUCUAGUUGCACCUGAAUCUGGAGGGAAGCCUCUACCGCCGUUUGCUAUCCGUCUAUUCAAGCAAUGUUAUCUUCAAUCUAAAGUGGAUGCGCGAGACCCUCGUGUGUCGCCUGCUCUGGCAGACCCGAACCGAUUUCCAACUAAUGUGCUGAUCAUUUCCGCUGGAUAUGAUAGCCUUGCACCCGAGGCCGAACGACUUGCUCAAAACCUCCAAAAGCACAGCACUCGAUAUGUUGUGCAUAAGCGAAUGGAAAGGUGCGACCAUGGAUGGGACAAACUCGCCAAAAAGGGGGGCAGGGGGUGGGAGCUCAAGGAGAAAGCUUACGCUUCAGCCAUCUCCAUGCUUUUGCGUUAA